AUGCUUCAAAAAAGUUGCAAUAAACACAUUAGAACCACUUGGUUCUACCGAAAGUAUUACACUGUGAAUAAGCAGUUCACUGUCUAUUCGGGAGGUGAUGGUGAUUAUUUUAAAAGGAAUGACUAUUGGGUGGAAAACGGCAGACUUACAAUGUGCGAAGAAAACAACAGACCCGAUUCAACAGAGUAUACCCAAAAAGAUCUAUUAAUGUACAACGAUUCAAUCAUCAAUAUAAAAUACGAUGAUGAAUACGAAGUUCGCACUGACUUUUCAAUACUCUAUAAGAGAAAAAGGUGUACGAUUAUACUGAGUAUCGAGUUCUGAAUGAUGGCAUCAAGAUUUGUAACUCCACUGAUAACUACGUAAGGAAUACUUGGAAAGUACGCAAUAAAUGGCUAAAGGCGAAAAUACAUAAAAAAAAGUUGCAAUAAACCCAUUAGAGAGUCAUGGUUGUACCGAAAGUAUUACCCUGUGAAUAAGCAGUUCACUGUCUAUUUCGUACCUGGGAAUCAGUAUUUAACCAGAAAUGAUUAUGGGGUGCGAGACGGUAAGCCUUGUAUGUGCGAUGAAAAGUUCAGACCCGAAUCAACAGAGUAUAUCCAGGAAGAUCUAUUAAUGUGUAAAGAUUCGACCAUCAAUAUAAAAUACGAUGAUGAAUACAAAGUUCGGACUGACUUUUCAAUACUCUAUAAGAACAAGGAGUACGAUUAUACUGAGUAUCGAGUUCUGAAUGAUAGCAUAAAGAUUUGUAAUUCCACUGAUAACUACGUAUGGAAUAUUUGGAAAGUACGCAAUGAAAUGGGUAAAGUACGCAAUAAAUGGGUACGCAAUAAAUGGGUACGCAAUAAAUGGUAA